UUUGGUAGUUACCUUUAUAUUAUUAUUAAGGGGAAAUGUCCUGAAGAUGGAUGGGAUGAAAGCACCAUAGAACUGUUUCUUCAUGAACUUGCUAUAAUGGACAGCAAUAACUUUCUGGGCAACUGUGGUGUAGGUGAGAGGGAAGGAAGAGUGGCAUCAGGACUCGUUGCCCGAAGGCAUUACAGGUUGAUCCAUGGAAUUGGAAGGUCAGGUGAUAUUUCUGCAGUCCAGCCUAAGGCUGCAGGGUCUAGCCUUUUGAACAAACUUGCUAAUUCCAUAGUUCUGGAUAUUGUAAAGCUGGCUGGUGUCCAGACAGUGGCCAGCUGCUUUGUGGUUCCUAUGGCAACUGGCAUGAGUCUAACUCUAUGUUUUUUAACGUUACGGCACAAGAGACCAAAGGCAAAAUACAUUAUUUGGCCACGUAUAGACCAGAAGUCUUGCUUUAAAUCAAUGAUAACUGCAGGUUUUGAGCCUGUGGUAAUAGAAAAUGUAUUAGAAGGCGAUGAGCUACGGACAGACCUUGAAGCAGUGGAGGCUAAAAUCACAGCUCUUGGCGCUGAAAAUAUUCUUUGUGUGCAUUCUACAACGUCUUGCUUUGCUCCAAGGGUACCUGAUAGGCUAGAGGAACUGGCUGUGAUUUGUGCUAAUUAUGACAUUCCCCAUAUCGUCAACAAUGCGUAUGGAGUUCAGUCUUCAAAAUGUAUGCAUCUUAUCCAGCAG